CUCAAGAUUCACGUGGGCCGCCACCCUCUUCAGGGAUCAAGAAACCAAAAUGAUAACCGUCUCCCUCCAUUAUUUCCAACUCUUUUGGGGGCUGUUAUAAUCUCAUCACAGCAAGAAAUUCUUGCAUCAAAUAGAUUCUCCUGAAAAUGGAAGCCCUCAACUCGAAUCUUGAUUGCACCCUCUCCACUCUGUCCAAAUUCACAUCAAAACCCACCUCGAAACCGUUCUUCUCUUGCCGAUCUCUGAGGUUGAGCAGCUGUCUGAAGCCCAAGAAUCUGAGAUUGAGAAGCAUUCAAUGUUCGGACAAGAAAAGGGGCAGUUUGGAAUCGGAGAAUGGGAGUUCUUUAGCAGAAAACGAGGAUUUGUCGAAAAGGGUACGAAGAGGAGUGCUUGGUUUCGCCGCUGCAGUUUCCUUGUGCUGCAAUUCCCCCGCGUCGGCGGAGUCUCUCACGGUGGCAUUUCCUGUUUCUCACACUCGUGAGGUGAUCAAGUAUUAGGAGUUUACUGUUUUCAUAUGUGUUUAUGUCUUAAUGUAGUCUAAUUAGCAAGUAAAAAAAAAGCUUGCAAAAUGUAGUCUAAUUAGAGUGAACUGCUAGUGUUUGACUGUGGACUGACUGAGGUAUCGAAUAGUUGUAUGUAUAUGAUAUGAUGCUUGAAGAAGAUUGCAGAAAAUGUUGUGUGGAUUUGGUUCUGACUUGGUUGAGCAGGUUAAUUCAGUUCAGAGAACUCUAGUUGAGGCGUGGGGCUUGAUUCGAGAAACCUUCAUAGAUCCAACUUUCAAUCAUCAAGGUAAGUAGACAAAGGCCCUUUUCAAUAUCUUUUGUUUGAUCAUGGUACUAGGAGGGAGAGAGUGAAGGUGUUAUCAGAUGAUGCUUUUGGUGUUCUAGUUGGAUUUGGAGAUAGUUUAAGAUUGGGACUUGAAACUGCAGCAGACAAUGGUUGAAAUGUUUCCACUGAGGUCAGAAGAUGCUGCAUACAACAAACUCAAAGGCAUGCUUUCGACUCUGGGUGAUCCGUUCACACGCAUCAUCAGUCCUAAGGAAUAUCAAGGUUUUAGAAUAGGAAGUGAUGGGAAUUUGCAGGGUGUUGGCUUAUUCAUCAAUGCUGAGCCAAAGACCGGGCACCUGGUUGUUCUGUCAUGCAUAGAGAAUAGCCCGGCUGCACGUGCUGGCAUCCACGAAGGAGACGAGCUAAUGGAAAUAAACGGUGAAAGACUCGACGGGGUGGCCAGCGAAGCAGCUGCACAGAAACUAAGGGGACGCGUUGGAACGACUGUCACAGUAAAAGUUCACAGUUUUGAUGAGUUGGGGAGUCCUUGUAUCAGAGAGGUUAGAAUACCACGCGAAGUGAUCAACCUUUCGCCCGUUUCUAGUGCCAUCAUUCUCCACAGAGCACCUGAUGGACAUGUAUCAAAAACUGGAUAUGUAAAGCUUUCAACUUUUUCUCAGACUGCUGCAAUGGAGAUGGAAAACACAGUUUAUGAUAUGGAGAAUCAAGGUGUGCAAUCAUACAUUUUGGAUCUUAGAAACAAUCCAGGUGGAUUGGUGAAAGCAGGACUUGAUGUUGCACAGAUAUGGCUAGACGGGACCGGGACGCUAGUGAACACCAUCGACAGAGAGGGGAACAUGCUGCCUAUCAACAUGAUAGACGGCCAUGCCUUAACACGCGAUCCCCUCGUUGUCCUUGUAAAUGAAGGGAGUGCAAGUGCUAGUGAGAUUCUUGCAGGAGCCCUCCACGACAACGGCCGAGCCACCCUCAUUGGACACAGAACCUUCGGCAAAGGAAAAAUACAAAGUGUGACAGAGCUGCAUGAUGGAUCAGCCCUUUUCAUUACAGUAGCUAAGUAUUUGUCUCCUGCACUUCAUGACAUAGAUCAGGUCGGAAUCGCACCAGAUGUGCAGUGCUCAACUGAGUCGCUAAAUGCACCGAGGCUUGACCCGUUUAAGGUUCGGAGCUCCGAAUCCAACUUGGAGAGAGAUUCUUGCAUACUGGUUGCAGAGCAUCAGCUUGAUAUUCAGGAAUCUAAAGGCUCUGCUUCUUGAUAGUGAUACAGACCAUUCAUCAAAAGGCCUUGCUUCUUAUCCUUAAAUAGUGUGUAUAAACUUGGUUCUAUAUAGUAGCACUUUGAUUGUUUUGUAAAUAUAUAGCCAUUUAGGAAAGACAGACCUCUUCAUUUUUUGUUUUAUAAUGGGAUCAAGAAUUGUCACUCCAA